AUGCAUCAUGACCAGUUGUUCCCGCGAUGCUGCCCCAUGCAAACGCCGGACCGGUUUGGGAGGUUUCAACGGCUCCCCCCUGAGAUCCGGAACAUGAUCUGGGAGCUCGCGUUGCCGGAGCCAAGGGUGUACGAGGUCUUGGAUGCGCCCAAUGCGAAGCAGAAAACACCAGCUCAAGAAGGGCUCAUGUUUGCGAACAUGCACCCCGGAACCUCCGCCAGCGCUCGCAGCCGCAAGACGACCAAAUUCGUCGACAUUUCGCGGGACAUCCUGCUUUUGGAGCCGUACCUACUCGUCAAGCGGCUACACCGGGCAUUGCACUUUAUGAGCCAGAUCCCACUGGUACGCGAAAACGCCACCCGCCUCGCGCUCGGGACGUCAUACGGCAUCUACCCGGGCAUCUUCCACCCUGUUCUGGGCCGGAAGGUGUCCAAGAACAACAUGGGAAAGCUGCUGGCGAGCCUUGCCAAGUUCCCGCGACUUCGGACGCUCAUUUUCGUGGUCCACCAAGAAUUCCAGUUCGAAUUUGAUUUUCGGUUUCCGGGGACGUUGACACCGAUGCCCUUAGCUCCGAUGGCUGGGUCAAUCCAUGCCGGGCUUGGGCCUUUAUGCAGACCUACGCUAGAACCCAUCGUCCACCCUUCACCGACCGUUAGCAGUGGCCCCCCCUUGUCCAACUGCCCUCCCAAAUGCCCGAUCCCGGCAACCCUAACGACAAUACGAAAUGGGCUACCCUCUCCUGCGAACAGCGCAACAACCUCCCCCGUACCACCGCCUUACCUGCCAUUCUCAUCAUUCUCAGCUCCCUCACAACAACAAUCACCGCCGCCGCCACCGCCACUACCUUUGCAGAUACAACCGCCGCAUAUACAACAACAGCAACACUACCAUCAACAACCGCACGCCACCCCCAUCGCGACUACAACCGCAGCCUCAACCUCGGCCCUUGCCCCGGCGCCGCGACCACAGCAACAGCAGGUACACCAGGCGUACCGGUUUAAGUUCGAUAUCGAGGCUAACAUCAACUCGCCGCCGCGCCGGCCCCACUCCAACGAGUUUCUCUACUACCCGUUGCCCGACACGCGGGCGCAGGAGCGUGACGAGUUUGACGAGUAUGAAUGUUAUGUUAACGGGGGACGGGGGACGUCUUCUGCGGAGCCGGGAUUGGGGUUAGGGGGUAGGUGGGAGCGCUCAACUGUUGCGAACGUAGGCGUUGCGAGUGGAGACGCUAGCGAUGGGGAGGAUGAGGGCGAGUGGUGCGAUCCGUGGCCGACAAAUGAUGACUGGCGGCGGUUUAGACGGCGCUGGGUCAGGGGCAUGGUGGCGGCUUGUUUGCCGGCUGCGGGUGCUGGGGAAGGGGGUUGGGAUGGGCGUGCUGGGGAGGAGGGGGGUAUGGUUCGGAGUGCGGCUGGGAGGAUAUGUGUUGGUGCUGGGGGGUGGAGUGGAAAAGGGCCUGCGGGUAAAGGGGGCGAGGAGAGGAUUUGUUUGCCCAAGUGGAAGCUGGAAGGGGCGAGCUUGCUUUGGAGGUACACGCGGGGUGUUGGGGGCGUUCAGUAG